UUUUCCUCUCUGGCUCUGGGUGACUUCUUUGGUUGGGGAUACCAGGACCCACAGGGUCAUGGGGGUUAGGAGCCAGUGUGGCCUGAGAGACCAUGUGUGCAGGUCAACUCCCUGACUUUGCAGAUAGGGAAACUGAGACCUAGGCAGGGAAAGGGUCAGACCCAGUGUCCCAGAGGCAGGAAAUGGAGCUCAGGCCUUGGGACUUUCAACCCAGUGCUUUUCCUCAUCCUUAUAGGGAUCUCCUUCCAUCAAGGGACUUAGCCUUGAGCCCAGGUGUGGAAACUUUCCUGUCUGUGUUCUGGUCCCUCCUCUCCCCAGGCUGUACUUGGCUGCUGCUGGGAAUGUCUGGGAUGUCAGGCUAAUUCUUGGGAAAUGCUUGGUAUUCCCAGGAGGAGCCUCCUGUUCCCCAUCUCGUCACCCACACCGUAUAUGGGCACGUCCAGGAGGAAGUGGACUCUUCUGAACCCCCUGUCACACCUUUGUCUCAGCCCCCCUUAAGCACAGGCCCUGCUUUCAGGGACUGGGGUUACUAGCUUGGCUCUCUUCCUAGCUAGGGAACCCUGAAAGGUCAGAGGGGAUCCCCAGCUUUCCUAGAUUUCCUCUCUCAGACACUUGUGGAAGAGCACCAAGUUCCCUGGCCUAAUCCAUGGCUCAUGCAGGAAGGGAAAAAUAUGGGGCUGUGAUGGGAUGUUUCCUGUUUUGACAUUGGAGCAGCCAGGUCUGGAGACAGGGGCAGAAUACCUUAAUCCAUCUGCUCGAGUUGGAGCCUGGAACCUAGGAGGGUUUGAGGAAGGAUUUCCCAUCAUCUGGUCACCACGUGGCUGUCCUCAAUGUGCCCCUGCUUUUGGUUUUUUGCCUUAUCCCCCUAGUUCUGCUUGAAAGAUGGGUCAACACUGUUUAGUAUGGCCAUCCUGAUUUGGGGAAACCCUUCUUGCUCUACAUAUUAAUUAGGUAUGGUAAGCUCUGUCCCAAGUUGGAGAGGCAGUGUACUCCUCUUCCUCACAACAAUCUUCAUAAUUUAAGGUGUAUCUGGAAUGUUGGGGCAGGAGAGCAGCCUUAUUUGGGAGUUGGGGGCUAGUAGAAGCCUUUUCCCUAAACUUUCCGUAGAUGAAUCUUUCUUCCUUCCCUCAGCAUUGCUGAUAGUCCAAAGGGGUGGCCCCAGAGCUAGGAAUUAAUUUGUAUUGUUGGUAAUAAUCUGGCCCCUCUUCAUGCCUAUUUCAAGGGCUAGGAUUUGUGGCAGGGCAAGGGUUAAUGUUCUGGGCCGCCCACCAAGUGAUGACCAACCCCUCCUGCUGGAGUUGGGAGAGAUAUAGUGGGGUUCAUGGAAUCCUUCCAUCUCUAGCUCUCUCACAACCCACAGCUCAGUAUGGACGGGGCACUGAUUGUGGUCACUCUCUUGUUGCUCCUGCCUCCUAGCCUUGGGGAGCUGCCUUCCGUCUCUAGAUCUCCAGGCACACAUCUGGAAGAGCGGCUCACAUCUGGGGAGUUCAUUCUGGCUCCUGGAGCUUCAGAUACUCACCUCAUACCUGGGAAGCUGCCUUCAACGCACAGGACCCAGAGGCCAUGGCUAGGGGACCCUCUGUUGCCAUCUGUUUCAAGAGCCCGGGUAUCCCGGGCACUGCCUGGGUCAGCCACUCAGUGUCAGCUGCAGAGCUUGCUACUGUCGGUGAAGGAGCUAGGUCUGGGCUACGAUUCGGACGAGAUCAUCGCCUUCCGCUACUGUGCCGGCAGCUGUCACGGUCCCCACACCCGCCACGGCUUGACGUUGGCCAGGCUUUUAGAUGAGGGCCGCGUGAUGGGCCAGUCCUGCUGCCACCCCACGCAGUAUGAGGAUGUGGCCUUCCUAGACAACGACCACCACUGGCAUCACCUUCCCCAGCUCUCCGCCGCUGCCUGUGGCUGUGGAAUCUGAAAGGCCUCCUCCUGGCUCACAGUGGCCACCAAUCCCCUCACCAAGCUAUAGCCAUGCCCAGACCCUCCCUACCUCUCCCCAGGGACUGUUGCCUCUCUUCUCUGCAGCUGGGAUUUAAACGCAUUUCUCCCGACUCCUCUGCCAGGUUCCAAUGUGCCCACCUCACCAGCAUCCUGCAGCCUCGUACCUGCUCUGCUCUUGGUAACUUGAGGGGAGGAGGUUAGGCCCAUUCUCCAGAGUGGGUAAGAUGGAAGCAAGAAAGACUUUGGGGAAGGGGGACAGAAUAAAAAGCGAGUGCUAUGA